AUGGCGGUUGAUUGGCUCCUUAAGCAAUGGUUCCCAAACCUUUCAACUUGCCCCAAGGUGCGGAUCGCUUGCGAUGGUCUCUCUGCUAUUGAGAUGGCUUAUGAAGAUCGCCCACUGUCUCCAACUGAUGCCCAAUUUGACUUGGUUUCAUCCAUUCAAGAAGCUAUCCUUCGGCCCUCGGUGGAUUGGUCGCCCCAGCACGUGUAUGGCCAUCUCAACAAGUCCAAUUUCUUUGACAAACUUUCUUGGUGGGAGAAACGGAACCUUGAGGUGGACGGAAUGGCGGUGGAGUACCACAAGGAACUUGAGACGGCCAAUCAUCUCAUAGCCCCCAAUCCUUGUUUCUUCACUGAACUUGCGGCAGUGUACGUGGUAGACACCAAACAGUCACGCCUUGAUCCCCAGUUCAUCCAAGAGUGUGUGACUCUUCCUGCACUCCGCUUGCGCUGGAGGGACAAAGGUACUAUCUCCGUCAAAGCCAAGUCUGAGAUUGCAUGGGACACACUGGGUCGCGCCAUGCGAUCUCUUCCUGCAGGACUACAAAGGUGGUCUACUAAACAUUGUGUGGGCAUGCACUGCGGACGAAAGUUACGGGGUUUCUGGAAGAUUUACGGGAAUGGUAUGUACUCCCAUCCGUUUUUUUUUGUAUAUUCUCCUUCGAUCCUGUAUCGGCAAUUUGUCCGGUAA